UGACCCGCCGGCGUCUGAGACUCUGAGACCACGACCUUUGACCUCGUCCCCCGAGCCAGGCAGCCGCCGCGCCAGCGCCAUCCAACCACCAUGUACUGCCUGCAGUGGCUGCUGCCGGUGCUGCUCAUCCCCAAGCCGCUGAACCCGGCGCUGUGGUUCAACCACUCCAUGUUCAUGGGCUUCUACCUGCUCAGCUUCCUGCUGGAGCGGAAGCCCUGCACCAUCUGUGCCUUGGUGUUCCUGGCCGCGCUCUUCCUCGUCUGCUACAGCUGCUGGGGAAACUGCUUCCUGUACCACUGCCAGGACGCCGGCGCGCUGCUGCCGGCCGCCGCGCACGACCCGGCCAUCGUCGGCACCUAGGGGUGCCGGGGGAGGAGGAGGAGGAAGAGGAGGACGAGGAGGAGAUACACUGGAGAAGGAGGGGAGGGGGGAACUGCCAUGCUGUUAAAGGGGCGGGGCUUAACUGUGCUGAAGUGAUGCUGGAGGGGAUUCCCACCCCAAAGGGCAGGGGCUGAACUGACCACAAGCAGCACACGACUCUGGACAAUCAGUCGCUGUGCUGGGAAUAAAUAAAUACCCAAGAACCAAGAGAAAAUAACCUGUAUUUUUUUAUCUAUUUAUCUGUUUGAA